AUGGAUCUGCUUCAUGAGCAUUUUGAUCCGAUGAAUGUCGACUUGAUAGGGGCUUUACCUUUAGGGAGUUGUCCAUCGGCAGACUCCCUAGGGUGGCAUUUUACAAAGUCUGGGAAGUACACGGUUGAAAAGGACCAAUGUGGAGCUAUCUUGGAUAUUUUAAAGCAGUACGAGGCCGUCUCAAGACAGCAAAUUAAUUUUGCAAAGUCUUCGAUACAGUUUGGUCAUACGGUUGAUGAGGGGGUACGAACGGAGAUGCAGGAGGUUCUUGGAAUAACCAAUUUGGGCGGCAUGGGUUCAUAUAUGGGUUUACCUGAGAGUUUAGGGGGGUCUAAAACACAGGUUUUCUCUUUUGUUUCGGAUAAACUUCAAAAUCGGACAAAUGGUUGGACGGCGAAGUUACUAUCCAAAGGAGGUAAAGAGGUGAUGAUUAAGUCUGUUGCGACUGUUGUUCCGACUUUUGUGAUGUCUUGCUUCCGGAUACCGAAAACGAUCACAUCCAAACUUACUAGUGCACUGGCAAAUUUUUGGUGGAGUACACAUGGUCAGUCAGGGGGUAUGCAUUGGCUUGCUUGGGAGAAAUUAUGUUGCAGUAAGCAACUAGGUGGCUUGGGGGUUAGGAAUGUCGACGAUUUUAAUUCGGCUUUACUAGCUAAGCAAUAA